CUUUGCAAAUUUCGCUAAGCUUGGGUAAGAUAUAUAAACUAACUAACUAAGUAUUACUGUGGACUACCUCUGUGUGCGCUGUUACUCUGCCCCUUUCUCGUUGUAUAUCGUUUGCCGAAUAGUGACAGUUUUGACUUCGUCUCCACAUGUCUGGGGACUGCUCAAAACUGUUACAAUUGAAACUUGGUGAUUUCUCUUAACCGCAUUGUGUAAUGUACUUGUAAAGAAAUGUCUACAUGGAGUGCUGGCGAUGUUUCUACUGAAGAGAACAAGGAGACUGAUUCUCCACUGAAACGUGUGAACCAUGGAUCAAGUAACUAUUUGGAUGCUCAGGAUUUUAAUGAUCCCAGUUGGAGUUCACACACGUCCUAUGUAACAAUUUCCGAUGGAAGUGACCAGUCAACACCGAAUGCUAAUUCCUCAGCAGAUGAUACAUUCUAUCAGAGUAAUACAUCUUUAAACUCGUAUACAUCUGCAUUUUCACCAGUGUCAUCUACAGUCGAUGGAGGUGGAGAAAAUGAAGAAAUAAUAUCAAAAAAGAAAAAGAAUACAAUCACCUUAGUCUAUGCACCAGAAAAAUCAUCUACCCAAUUGAUGAAUUCACCCUCUCCAGCGUCAUCACCUGUUGUAACACCAACAUCAUCCGGUGUAAAAGAAAUCACAAUUCGUUCAAAUUAUACCCCAUUGAAUGAAAUGGAUUCAUUAUCAAGUACACAAGAGACUACAUUAUCCUCUUCAUAUACGAAUAAUGAAAGCAAUGCUGAAUUAAAUAAUCUAUCGAAUUCUUUAUUUAUGUCCACUGAUAAACAGAAUAAUGAUGACAGUUUACCAGAUAAGAUUUUAGAGUUCAAAGAUCCACCAAUUAAUAAUAAUGAUGAUAAUGAACGUAAAUAUAAUAUUUCAAUCAUUCAACAGUCCGAACCAAGACUUCGACAACAACAACAUCCAGAGGAAUUAUCAUCAACAUCUUUAGAAGGAAUAGACAAUUUGUCGAGUGAACCUUCAGAAAAUAAUGAUCAAAGCAUAAAUUCUUCUAGUAAUAAUAGUAAUAAUCAAAUUAGUAAUGAUAAUAUUGACGCAACUUUGUCAAAUUAUCAAUCUUCAUUAUUUAAACCAAUCAUAUCUUCAGAAUCUGAUGUGAAUCCUAUAAAAAAUGAAGCAUCAACAGUAGAUAACCCUUUUAUUGAUUCAAAAAUAUCGUCUAGUAGUAUUACGGAUGAUCAUAAUAAUCGUCAUGCUGAUGGUGACGAUGAUGAAAUUGUUCAGACUGUUGUCAAUAUUAGUGAUGAAUACCGUGGAACAAUAAAUCGAUUCAAUGAUAAUCAUAUCCCAGCUUAUUUAGAUCGUUGUUCACCAGCACAAAUUGUUGCUGUCACCGGUGGUGCACCAUUUGAUAUUAUACGUAAUAUUGAAGAAGAUUUAGACGAUGAUGAAAUCAAUGCAAAUAAUGUUGAAAUUGUUGAAGUGUUAAAACAGCCGAAUGAUAGUGGAUCAUCAUUUUCACCGAGUAAUACAACUAUUAUUGAUAAUAAUAAUAAUCAUUCAACUUUAUCGACAAGUUCUAGUAGUAAUGUUGUUAGACACCGAGGGCAUAGUUUAGAAACAUCGAAAUCUCAACGACCAGUCACCAUCAAUAUUGAUUUACGAGUUGUCUCUGAGUUAACUCCAAGUACCCCCGAAGAAGUGGACGCUUCAUCAGAACUUGUUUUUAGUAACUUUAUGCUUGAUAGAUAUAUGCUAGAAGUGUCUGCAUCAGCACAAGCAUCAUCAUCGUCAAAACUCAAUAAUUCACUUUCAGCCAAAGCUUCAGCUUCAAUUUCUAUUACAGACACCACUCAGCCGGAUGACCCUGUAAGUCAUCAGUUCCAAUCGUUACCACGUGCUCAACCAAAUAGUGUUGAAGCGAUAGUCGCGCGUAAUUUAGCUGAAAUCGGUGAUGAAAUUAAUCGUAUCUAUGGGCCUAGAUUGGAUAGAAUGAUUAAAAUGCUGCCAAUUGAAGAGUGCCCAUUGGAAAUGUUCUAUAAUGUUGCUCGAGUAUUAUUUACACGUGGUCCAACAAAUUGGGGACAAGUGAUCACAUUGUUCUAUUUUGGUUAUCGUUUAGUUGUACAACGAGUUAAAAAUGGUAUUGCUAAUGCCUUUUAUCAAGUAUGUCGAUGUCUAAUUAAUUUCUGUCGACAUAUUAAUAUAUUUGUUUGGAUUGCACAACAAGGUGGAUGGCGUAUUCUUCAAUUCCUACGUCGUGGCAGAGCAUAUGACGAUGUUGGUGGUGGUGGUGAUGAUACUACUGUGAAUCAUUCGAAUUCAGUAGUCGAUGUUAUUUCGUGUUCUGAAAAUCAACAACAAGAGCUUCAUGAAUCUGUAAAUGAACAACAUUCUCUGCAGCUAUUCAACGAUUCAUCUUUUCUUGUCCCCUUAGUUCUGACAAGUACUGGUUUUGUUGUAAUAGCUGUUGCUCUUUGGAUCUAUUUGCGCCGUCGAUGA